AUGGGGGAUGGUAACAAUCGAAAGUAUGAUCUCUUACAAACAAUGUUAUUGGUCGUUUUCUCUACUGCCUCUUUUAUCUAUGUCGCAAAGAAUUUAAUACCAGCUCUACCAUUUCAGAACGAUUCCGAGAAAGAGCAGCAUGAAGAAGCAAGAUUAAAAGCCGCGGCAAAUCUUCGAAGACUAGACAGACGGGAUGAUGAUGAAUCAGAUUCAGAAGAAACGGAAUCCGGAGAAAGGAAGUCGCGGCGUCCUCGGAAAGAGGAUUUAGUCCUCGAUCAAUAUGAGAGUCAAAUUGCGAUGGAAGUCGUAGCCCCAGAAGAUAUACCCGUUGGCUUUGAUGAUAUCGGUGGCUUGGAUGACAUUAUCGAAGAAUUAAAGGAAUCCGUCAUUUACCCUCUUACCAUGCCUCACUUAUACUCACAUUCAUCCCCUCUUUUAUCUGCACCUUCCGGUGUCUUACUAUAUGGCCCUCCAGGAUGCGGCAAAACUAUGUUGGCAAAGGCUUUGGCGCAUGAGAGUGGAGCUUGCUUUAUCAAUCUGCAUAUAUCUACUUUGACAGAAAAGUGGUAUGGUGAUUCGAAUAAGCUUGUUCGAGCAGUAUUUUCUUUGGCACGAAAGUUACAACCCAGUAUUGUAUUCAUCGAUGAGAUAGAUGCAGUUUUGGGACAAAGACGAAGUGGUGAGCAUGAAGCGAGCGGUAUGGUGAAAGCAGAGUUCAUGACACUUUGGGAUGGUCUCACUUCGUCAAAUAAGAGUGGAUUACCAGCUCGAAUUAUGAUACUCGGUGCUACAAAUCGAAUCCAAGAUAUCGAUGAGGCGAUCCUACGCAGAAUGCCCAAGAAAUUCCCUGUCUCAUUGCCCUCAAAUUCGCAAAGAAGACGGAUCUUAAAUUUGAUCCUGAAAGAUACCAAAACCGACCCAAAUAACUUUGAUAUUGAAUAUCUCACAAGGGUUAUGGCUGGCAUGUCAGGAAGUGAUAUUAAAGAGGCAUGCAGAGAUGCAGCUAUGGUUCCGGUUCGAGAAUUUAUCAGAGAGCAGCGGGACAGAGGUGUGGCUAUGACUGGGGUGGAUUCAUCACAUGUUCGAGGUGUACGGACAGAGGACUUCUUCGGUAGAAAAGGGGGCGGACAAAUCAUUAAAGAUAAUCAUGCACGACACACAGCUGCAGAAAGUACUUCAACGAGAAGAGGUACAAACUCUACUGAUGAAUAUGAAGAUGUUGAAGAGAGUGUUGCUGAAUCAAUGGAUUAA